AUGUUUCGAGAAGCAUCAAGAACCAAAACUCUUGUACAUGCCGAAUACAAAGUAAAAAGCUUAUUUCCAAGUACAAAAGUGGUCGUGGUCACUUACAAGAAGUGCUGCGCUUAUAAGAGGUAUGAAGGGAGACAUGGAUCUCAAGGUCGACGUGCAGGUGCUACUUUAGCAAUCGCCCUAGCUGCCUACCAGUCUCUCUACCCUGUAAUGCUGAUCAUACCAUGUGCAAUUCACAUAGCCAGACAAGAGCAGAAAGAUGUAACUAUUUCCUUUGGCGAUGGCAUGUUUUGGAAGUCCUGUUUAAGAACUGGUCUGUCUUUCCUAUUCUGGGCCAGCUUUUUACUCUGCCUCUCCUACCAUCUCCUAGGUACCUGGGAUUUCCUAUUUUCUACAUAUGGCUUCAUUUUAUCAGUCGGAAACCUGCAGCCAAAUCUGGGCCUUUUCUGGUACUUUUUAAUUGAAAUGUUCGAGCACUUUCGCAUUUUCUUUGUAUGGGUUUUUCAAAUCAAUGCUUUUAUCUAUACAGUGCCUCUGUCGAUAAAAUUUAGAAACCAUCCCGUCUUUGUGAUGUUGGUACAGCUUAUAUUGAUUUCCGUGUUCAAGUCGUACCCCGCCAUUGGUGAUAUGGUUAUAUACCUCGCUCUAUUGCCUCUAUGGUCGCAUUCAUUCCAUUAUAUUUCUUGCAACUGAUGUCUCCUAUGCAGUAUUACGACGGGAAUUCAGUUUGUUUAACGGUAUCACGCUCGAUGAAAGCGGCAAUGAACGAGCUGUUAAGUUACAGUAGACAAAAGUAUGCCUAAUCUUUACCCAUGAAAAGACCCUGGAGCUAUUAAAACUGUCAGCAAAAAAUAUUUAAAUUUACGUAGUCAUUCAUGCGUAGAACAAUGGUAAGAGACUGUAGAUGGUGUUGGGCUCGACUAGCAGAACACAUUAGAAGGCCGUUCGUUGACUCCAGAUAAAGUGCACUGUUGUAUGCGGUCCCUUGUUUGCUUAUUAUGUGAUAUGCUAUAUUUGAGUGUAUCAUAGAGGUGGCAUAACCUGCUUAUUAGAUUAGUUUAAAAGGGGGUUUUACAGUCAUUAGCAACACCCUAGUUAUUCAGGGAGGUAUAAACUAUCUCUGUGUUUUGCAUUACUUGUUUUAUACCUUUUUUUAGCAGCCAACUUAAAUUUUUGAUAGGUAGUCAGAAGCUCAAAGUAAAAAAAAUUUCAUUUUGUUUUUCUCAUGUAGCAAAAUGAUUGUGCCAAAAGCACCUUGGUUGGUGAAAAAAGUUAAAUUUUAGUAAUGAAACUAAAAUGCUAGUUUGGGAGAUAAAAAUGUAAUAGAGGGCGCCCUAGGCCCGUGUUGAAGAUCCUGUUGUGGUUGUAAAGAAUGAAAGUUGCAUUGUAAACAUAUCUGUAAUAAUUGAUUAAUGCUUUAUAAUUAUAUGGCAUUAAGGAAGAUAUAUCUCUUUUUGGGAACUUUUAUAGCAGCAACAAGUACUGUAUAUAUAAAUGAAUUAUGCAUUUAUUUUUGGAUAUUUUCGGUGUUUCAAUGGAAGUAUGAGUGCUAUGUACAGUACUGGCUAAAAAAAAUAUUGAAAAUCAUCUUUGUCGGGUUCUGCAAAAUAAGAAAUAGGACUUGUCCUUGCGUGUUUUAAAUGAUUUGAUGAGGCUCUUUUGGUAUAUCAAUGGCAAGCCUAGGUACCUAUAAAUAUUCUUUGCUUAUUGAUGUGAUAUUUUAAAGUUCUUUUCUUGAUGAAAACCUUAUGUAUCUAAACAUUACAGGAAGUGUUCUAAAAAUAGAUGCAUGCUUGAUUUUUUUUAUUUGGCCUAAAUUCUGUGUGCUAAAAAAUAACUUAGAUUUCUGACUAAAGGAAGUUGUGAAAAUUAAGAUGAUACAGUAUAAAUUUAUAUGUGUACAGCGAAAUCAGAGCAAAUUAUAAAGAAACAUUUGACAGGAUAAUUCGCUUAUUAAUCAACGCUUCAAAUUAAGUUUGAACUUACGUGACCUUUUUCAAAUUAUUGUUGACCUUUUUCCAAUUUACAUCGACCUUAUAAGAAUAUGACAGGAAGUUGAAAAUUUAAAGUGAUAUACCUCCUGGAACGGGCAUUAUUAUGUUUGAUUUAUUGCAAAUUUUCCUUAAAAAUUAGUGAUUAUUUGUUGAUUCUGUUUUCAUUACUGUUUUAUCAAAAUUUUGGAUUGUUUUCCACAAAAUUUCAAAUUGAAUUAACUCGAAAAUUGAAAGAAUAGUUCAUGAUUCAAUAAUCCUCAAUGUUUAUAUUAUAUUAAUUUUUUUCGUUUUUUAUUCAGAACACUAUUAUGAUGAUACUGUACUUGUUUUAUUCAUUUCAUAGUUAUUAUUGGUGUAUAUAUAUAUAUAUAUUAUAUAUAUAUAUAGAAAAUAAUGAAACAACUUCAUUAGUAGACUUUAGGAACACUGAUUUAUUAUAAACUCGGAUAUUUCU